AUGAGUGGAAGAGCCCGCGUGCGGGCUCGGGGCAUCACCCGCAGCCUCGGUGCGGUGGACGUGGGCCGUGCCCCCGCCUCGCCCUCGGCCACAUCUGUUGAACCUGGGGACCAGGAAGCAUCCUCUAGCAGCGGCCUUGUGGAAGCAAACAUUAUUCCACAGUGGGAUAAGGACAGUGUAUGUUCUGGUGAUAGUGGACAGUCGCACAUGGAAAGAAGUAUGAGGAUGAGACGGGACUUAAUGGACUUGGAAAUCAGUACCAGAGAAAAAUUGGCACACGUGAAAGAUUGUAAAACAGGUUCCAGUGGAAUACCUGUGAAGCUGGUUACGAAUCUUUUCAAUCUAGAUUUUCCUCAGGACUGGCAGCUGUACCAGUACUGUGUUACAUUUAGUCCAGACUUAGCUUCCAGAAGACUGAGGACUGCUUUGCUUUACAAUCAUAGUGAACUUUCUAACAGGACAAAAGCAUUUGACGGUGCUACUCUCUUCCUGCUACAGAAACUGGACAAGAAGGUCACCGAACUGUCGAGCGAAACUCAAAGAGGGGAGACAGUGAAGAUCACCGUUACCCUGAUCAAGGAGCUGGUGUCCAGCUCCCCUGUGUGCAUCCAGUUCAUCAAUAUCAUCUUCAGAAAGAUCUUGAAAAAAUUAUCCAUGUAUCAGAUUGGACGAAACUUCUACAAGCCUUCAGAGCCAGUGGAAAUCCCCCAGCACAAAUUAUCGCUUUGGCCUGGCUUUGCCAUUUCUGUAUCCCCUUUUGAAAGCAGGCUCCUGUUUAGUGCCGAUGUGAGCUAUAAGGUCCUUCGUAAUGAGACGGUUCUGGAAUUCAUGACUGAUCUCUGCUUCAAAACUGGCACGUCCUGCUUCACCCAGAUGUGUGAGAAGCAGCUGGUGGGGCUUGUCGUCCUUACUAGAUACAAUAACAGAACAUACCGCAUUGAUGACAUUGACUGGACAGUGAAACCCACGUUCAGCUUUCAGAAGCGAGAUGGUGCUGAGAUCACCUAUGUGGAUUACUACAAGCAGCAAUACGAUAUCACCUUAUCUGACCUAAAUCAGCCAAUGCUUGUUAGUCUGCUGAAAAGAAAGAGAAACGACAACUCUGAGCCUCAGGUUGUCCACCUGAUCCCAGAACUCUGCUUUCUAACAGGCCUGAGUGGUCAAGCGACCUCAGAUUUCCAGCUCAUGAAGGCAGUGGCUGAAGAGACGCGGCUCAGUCCUCUGGACCGGCAGCAGCGCCUGGCUAGGCUUGCAGAUGACAUCCAAAGAAACCAGGUUGCUCGUUUUGAGUUGGAGAACUGGGGACUUCAUUUUGGAAGCCAGAUGUCUCUGACUGGCCGGAUUGUGCCUCCAGAAAAGAUACUAAUGCAAGACCACGUAUGUCAGCCUGCAUCUGCUGCUGAUUGGGCCAAGGACAUACGAACUUGCAAGGUGCUAAGUGCACAGUCUUUGGAUAAAUGGUUGAUCUUCUGUGCUAACAGAGCUGAAUAUGUGAUUGAGAGCUUUCUGAGCUGCUUGAGAAGAGUUGGAAGUUCCAUGGGAUUUAAUGUGGGCUACCCCCAAAUCAUAAAAGUACAAGAAAACCCAGGUGCAUUUAUUAGAGCUAUCCAGCAACAGGUCAACCCUGAAGUUCAGUUGGUGAUGUGCAUUCUGCCCUCUAAUCAGAAAAACUAUUAUGAUUCCAUUAAAAAGUAUCUGAGCUCCGACUGUGCAGUCCCAAGCCAGUGUGUGCUGACCAGGACUUUGAGCAAACAGGGAAUGAUGAUGAGUGUCGCCACCAAGAUCGCCAUGCAGAUGAACUGCAAACUUGGCGGCGAGCUGUGGGCUGUGGAGAUCCCGUUAAAGUCCCUCAUGGUGGUUGGUAUUGAUAUUUCUAAAGAUGCCUUCAACAAGGACAUGGCAGUGAUUGGAUUUGUGGCCAGUGUUAACCCCAGAAUCACCAGGUGGUUUUCCCGCUGCAUCCUUCAGAGAACAACAACUGGCAUUGCAGAUUGCCUAAAAGUCUUCAUGACUGGGGCGCUUAACAAAUGGCAAAAGACCAACCAUGAUUUGCCAGCGCGGAUAGUUGUGUACCGUGAUGGCGUAGGGGAUGGCCAGCUCAGAACAGUUAUGGAAUAUGAAGUCCCGCAGCUGCUGAGCAGCGUGACGAAGCCCAGUGCAAACACCAGCUCCAGGCUGUCGGUGGUUGUGGUCCGGAAGAAAUGCAUGCCACGCUUCUUCACGGAGAUGAGCCGCACUGUGCAGAACCCCCCACUUGGCACUGUGGUGGAUUCAGAAGCAACACGUCCUGAAUGGUAUGACUUUUACUUGGUCAGCCAGACCGCCAGUCGGGGGACUGUCAGCCCCACCUACUAUAAUGUCAUUUAUGAUGACAAUGGCUUGAAGCCUGACCACAUGCAGAGACUGACGUACAAAUUGUGCCAUCUGUACUACAAUUGGCAGGGCCUAGUCAGCAUCCCGGCGCCAUGCCUGUAUGCACACAAGCUAACCUUCCUGGUGUCACAGAGCAUUCAUAAGGAACCAAGUCUGGAACUCGCCAAUAAUCUCUUCUACCUGUGAUGACUGAGCCAAUGGCAUCGCUCUAUGAAGAAUCAAAGUAGUUGCUACCCUUUGCACAGAUCUACCCAAAGCUCAAG